ACGGCAAAGCUGCGUACGUGCAGAACAUCUGGAAUGUUAUGAACUGGAAGACUGCUGAAGAGCGCUUCCUUGGUUCGCGUGCAGACGCUUUCAAGGUCCUCAAGGCAUCCAUCUAGACAUUUCAGGUAUCCGAAAAUGACAAGAGUUACGAUUGCUGAUUUAUAUGCGGACAUUUGCAUCCCGGUGCAACAUGCUGACGCUCGGAGUACCGUAUUGUCUUUAGUGCGGGAAACUGACCAAUCAGGUACUCUCCUGAAACAUGCUCAAAGGGACGCAUUCGCACUCAGCCCUCAAACACGCAACAAAGGUCCGUGAUUUCCAACAAUUCUUCAAGAGCGCAAGUAGCGCCUCGAUAUUAAUCUGUCAAACCCGUCGACCCAAAUUAUCCUCAUCAUCACUUUAACGUCGCUCAAGCCUUACUUCAGCCUUACUUCAGCCUUCUGUUCACGGACUAUUUGGUCACAGACCAUUAAACCUUUGAUCACAAUGUGCAAUGGCAACUCAAGUCGCGUCAGCCAGGGAGGCUCAAUCGCUGUCCUCAGGCCGACACAGCACCUGCGGCGGUCGAACACCGAUGAAAUGAUGCUUUUCUUUCACAAUCAAUUCUCUGCGUCAGGCACAAGCGUGGAAUUUCAAGGUUGGGACGAUGAUGCGCAGAAGGAGAGGCAUUGGGUCGUCAUUCACCGCGAUGGCGACCUUUCAGGUUCUGCGUCACCAGCUCAGACACCAGCAUUCUACUCAUUUCCACUAGAGUCAAGUGAUUCAUCGAUAAUGCAUCUGCCGCGAAAGUUGGACCUUGGUGUAGGUGAUGCAGGAAUCAUUGGCCGAAGGAUCUCGGUCAUGACAGGAUCAACGAAAGGCCCUUUGACGGUUGCAGAGGGCAUCGUCGGGUGGAACUAGAGUUGUGUGAUGGGCAUCAUCGGCGUUGGCGUUGGGCGUUUGUCACUUCCACAAUGAUCACUUCUGCGCUCCUUCUUCUGCACAGACACGCGAUUUCCGUUCUCAUGUCACAAAAAUGGUCUUUCCAUAUCAUCAAGUCAGACACUGCAAGCAGAGCGCGUCCUACCUCGCAUUAGACCGUGUUUCAUCACACCACGGA